AUGCCACUAAGAAAGUACUUUGAUGCAUUUUUAAAUGCGGCUGUUGGAAAUGUUCCAGAAGCUAACGAGCCGGCCUUAAUUAAUUUGAAACGUAUAGCGAUUGAUCAAUCGGGUUCUAUCGGAUCAUUCUACAAUGCAUGUGAAGACAAUAUCACUGGUAGAUUGAACGCCACGGUGAAACCUGAAAUUCGUAAAUCACUUCAGCAAAUUGUAUGCAAAUUGACUAAGGGACGUGUAGCUGAAUGCCAAAAUUUACUUAAGUUUGCUGAUAUUGAUCAUCAGUUACGAUUAAGCAUAUGUUUAGAAUUAAUUCGUGUAACUGGAAUUGCUUCGGUAAUAAAUAAUCCUCCACUAAUUGACGAUCACACUAGACUUUUUUAUAUUUAUCAAGAAUCAUCUAUAGAAUUCUAUGAAAAUGAUUUACAUAAGUUGAAAAAAUCGGUAAAAUUGUCCACAUGUGAAACAUUCGCGACCCAUAUUAUAACUGAAAUCGUUUUGGGUAUUCAUCUCCUGCUCAUUCUACGAUUACCUCUUGGUUAUGAAAAUCCAAUCGAUAUGUUUCUACAGAAAUGGAAAGAAAAUCUACUUAAUAGUAAGCCUAUGGUAAAAAUAGACGCACAGCUAAAAACUUUACUUGAUAAAGUCCUCUCAACUACAGUUUAUUCCAAUGUCGAUGCUCUCACUAAAAUGAAAAAUUUGCCAGAUAUCUAUGAGAAACUCAUUAAAUUACAAACGAAUGAUAAUGAACACAAAAAAUUAAAAUAUGUUCUUUGUCCUAUUCGUUGGCUCUUUGAUCGCCAUGGUGUAAACUUACCAGAUUUUAUCUCAUGCCAACCGGAAGAAGUAGAAAAUCUUGAACAUUAUUUGAUGCAACAAAAGUCUGAAUUAAAACUAUUGAAUUUUCGUAUUAAUCAUGAUUUAUCAGAGUUACUACAAGGCAGUUGCCAGUCAGUAUUCAAAACUAUUACAGAAGAACUUUCAAAAUUACAAGCUUUACACAUGAAUGAUAUUGAACGACUUAAGACUGUAGUGUUAAAAAUUCGAAAGGGUAUAAUACCUCUAAGCUCAUUAGAGAAACAGGUCAGUUUGGAUCCACCAAUAGAUAUUCAACAGUUGAUUAAAAAUAUUACUACUCGUGCUAAAGAGUUAGAAUUCAGAGUAAAACGUAUAAAACAAAUGAGGGAGAACGGAUUUGAGUAUUGCGAUGUUGAAAAUUUAGGUAUUACUGAUCAACUGAAAGAAAAUCGUAUUCGGGAUAUGCUGUUGGGCAAUGAUUCUCGCAAAGUUAUACUUUUUUCAAACGAUGAAUUAAUGAAAAGUGAUGAAUUAACUUUCACUGAGCUCUACUCUGAAAUGAUCGAGAAAAGAAAAAAGAAUCCAGGAAUAUGUCUUGUCUAUGCUGAUUUCACUUCUUCGACAUACAAACUUGAAAAGACAUUAAUUGUAUUAUCAGACGAUUUGAAAGAGAAACAAAAUCAAUCGCAAUCUCCAUCAACUGUCAAUAAUAUAAGAGAAAGAAGUCCAUCACCACCACAACCAUCCUUACAGCAGACAUCGUCACAGUCACUAGACCAAACACUCCCGAUUUCAUCAUCAUCUAAUGAAUUUAUUAAUAUUCUUCUUCUUGGAGAAUCCGGUGUUGGUAAAUCAACGUUCAUCAAUGCGUUUGCUAAUUAUCUUCAUUUCGAAAGUCUUGACGAAGCUGAAAAAGGAAAACCCAUUGUUAUUAUACCUGUUUCUUUCGAAAUAGCACUUAAUGAUAAUUUUGAUGAAAAAACAAUCAAAUUUGGGGAGUUUGAUUCAAAUGAAAAUCAUAAUAAUGCAGGUCAAUCAGUCACUCAACAAUGCAAAAGUUAUGCUUUUAAUAUUUCUAAUGAAAGAAAAUUACGCAUUAUCGAUACACCUGGUUUUGGAGAUACACGUGGAGACAAUCAAGAUAAUCUCAAUAUGGGAGAAAUAUUUGCUUUUCUUCAUAAUAUAAAUUAUUUAAAUGGUAUAUGUCUUUUAUUUAAACCUGAAGUUGUGAAAUUAAAUCCUUAUUUACAAUCUUGUUGCAGUCAAUUAUUUCAAUAUUUUGGUGAAAAUAUUCUUGACCAUUUUAUCUUUUGUUUUACAAAUGCUCGUUCGACAUUUUUUGCACCUGGUAAUACACGACCAUUGUUAGAAGAAUUCUUCAGUUCAUUUCAUGAGAAAAAAAUUCCACUUAAGAAAACAAAUACAUUUUGUUUCGAUAGUGAAUCAUUCCGAUAUUUGGUUGCAAUGCAAGAUUCAUUUGAGUUUUAUUCAACUGAAAGAGAGGAAAUUGAACAAAGCUGGUUGAGAUCAGUUACUGAAUCGAAACGUUUUAGUAAUUUCUUAUGCAAACAGUCUUCAUAUCGUAAAAAUAUAGAAUGGCAAUCAAUGGAAGAUGCUCGAUUUCAGAUUAAUUUCAUGAUUCGUCCGAUUGUAGAGACGAUGCGAAAUGUUCUUCGGAAUAUUAUUUUAUUUGAUCUUCAUGCAUCGAUUAAACUAUCUGCAAAACCUGCAAUUCCGUCGUCAACGAUUUGUUACAAGUGUAGUCGGCAACCUGGCAAAUAUGAUCGAUUCUGGAUUUUACCAGAUCAUUUACACAACCCACCAAAAAUGUGUCCAUCAAAUGAUCAAAAGCCAACUGAAUAUCGACUAGAGUAUGAAGCUGUUGGUCAUCAAGUAGAGGAAUCAAUCGAUGAAUUAAAUGAAUAUCUCAUUCUUCUCUGUAAAACCAGCGCAAAACUUGCUCAAUUCUUAAUGAAGACUUCACAGAUGCAACAUGAUGAUUCAAUUGUAUCUGAGAUAGACAGAAUGAUAGAUGAAGAAAAUGUUAUUUCUCAAGGAGAAACGCCAAGAGAUUUAAAUAAGAAAUUAAUGGAAAAAUUGAAGCAACUGAAAACGAAUUAUCAAAAGCAAAAGAAUCAAACAGAACGAAAUCAAUCAAUUAGCGAUUUGGCUGAAAUCUAUAACUUACUGAACUUAUUAAAAGGAAUACCGAUGGUUAACAUACAAUUAGAUGCUAUUAAAAACUAUCAACAAACUUUGUUGGAAAGUAAUCAACGUCAUAUCUCAACUACGAAAACUAAAUAA